AUGGCCAGUUCCCGGCACCCGUACCUGUACCCGACCACCCCCUUCUCCACCUUUGAAGACAACGACGACGACCACCACCUCGCCCAACAGCUCCUCCCGACCCACCCGCGCGACACCCCGGCCAGGUGGGCAGACCACCCAAGCUCGACCAGGUCCAGCACCAACGGCGCAGGCGCAGGGUGGCGGCAGUGGCAGGGGCGACAGUCGCGCGGCACGCCCGCCUUCGCACUCGCCGCCCUCGCUCUCGUGCUCGUCCUGUUUGGCGGCGCAUCGACCCAGCCCGACGUGCGUGACUACGUCAAAGACCGCGUUGCAAUCUAUGCCGGCGGCCAAAGCUCUCCAAGAGCCAACGCGACCAUCGUCAUCCUCGUCAACCCGUUCAGCAACAUGUACCACGCGCUCCUCCCGACGCUCGAAAACAUCGAGCUCAGUUCAACCGCCGCCUCGGGUACCCCGAUCCAGCUCCUCACGACGGCCAGCUCCCCCGUCGUCACGCCCGAACAAGGCUGGGGCCCGCCCGAGUGGCUCCCGCAAGCCGACAUCGACGAAGGCCUGCGCAAAAUCCCGUUUCCUCUCGGGUACCGAAACAUGUGUCGCUUCUUCUCCAUGUUCCACCACAAGCAUCCUGCGCUCGAGGGCUACGACUGGAUCUUUCGCCUCGACGAGGGCAUCACGUUCCACUGCGAGCUGCACGAGGACCCCUUCCAGACGCUCAUCGCCAACAACAAGACGUACGGCUUCACCAACGUCGACCAAGAAGCCCAGUUCGUCAUCCCGACCCUGUGGCAGACGGCGACGGCCUUUAUGCGCCAGGCGCCGAGCCACUACUUCCCCGCCGGCCGGGACGAGUCGUUCGUGAGCGACGAUGGCGGAAAGACGUACAACCACCGGGUAUACUACAACAACUUCGAGAUCGUCCAUCGCUCGUUCCUCGAGAGCGAGCCGUACCAGGCGUUCGUCAACUACCUCGACCGCGCCGGCGGGUUCUACAAAGAGCGCUGGGGCGACGCCCCGAUCCGCACCAUCGCCGCGUCCUACUUGCUCGACGCGGCCCAGAUCCACUCGUUUGCCAACGUGACUGGGUACCGGCACGACUUGCCGCCGUUCGAGUGCCCCGACUUGCCGUGGUGCACGUGCAACCCGGAGCUGAGCCGCAUGAACGCGCACGGGCAGUGGUGA